UUGUACACCAAUAAAAUUAUACGACCGUUAAACUUCAUGCCCUCAAACCGGCAUAACCAAAAAGCUCAAACCAAAAAAACCCGAACAGAUCUGUCAGUGUCACUUAACAAUUCCGUUCCUUGUUCUCGCAACACGGAGAAUCCUCCAAAUGAUUCCAAUUGAGUCGGAGAACGGCGUCGAAGGAGACGACGAGAGAGAAGUCGACGAAGAGGAAGAGGAAGAGGAGGAGAAGGAGGAGGAAGAAGAGGAUGAGGAGGAGCCGAGGCUCAAGUACCUGAGAAUGGGAGGCAGCGUUCCCUCGCUUUUAGCGAGUGAUGCUGCUUCGUGCAUCGCUGUCGCUGAGCGCAUGAUCGCCCUUGGGACGCUCGAUUGCAAGGUCCACAUCCUUGAUUUUCUCGGGAAUCAGGGAUGCUGAGGAUCAUAUUACUUGGCUUCUUCAACAUGGAUGGCAUGAAAAGGUUUUAGCAGCAGUUGAAGCAGGUCAAGGACAGAGUGAACUCCUUGACUAGGUGGGUUCAGAUACCUUGAUCAUUUGAUUGUAGAAAGGAAAUAUUCUGAGGCUGCAUCUUUGUGUCCCAAAUUGUUGCGAGGGUCUGCUUUGCAUGGGAGAGAUGGGUUUUUCAUUUUGCUCAUCUCCGUCAACUUCCUGUAUUGGUUCCAUACAUGCCGUCAGAUAACCCCAGACUUCGUGAUACAUCUUAUGAGGUUUUGGGACAAAGAUGCGUGUGUAAAUGGUGGAUGUAUGUAUGUGUCUGUAUGCAUAUGAAGAUGUAUCACUAUACAAUUCAUGUGUUUUACUUUCAUUUUCUUAUGAAGGCAAAUGGGGUGCCAUUGUUUGUUGUGAAACAGGUUGCUUUUGUAGCGCUGGCUACAGAUCCAUCUCUCCAUAAGGAUCUUUUAUCAACUGUUAAAUCUUGGCCACCUGUCAUAUAUUCUGCAUUUCCUGUUAUAUCUGCCAUAGAACCCCAGCUGAAUACUUCAUCCAUGACUGAUUCCCUAAAAGAGGCACUAUCAGAGCUCUAUGUAAUUGAUGGGCAGUAUGGAAAGCUUUUUCGCUCUUCGCUGAUGGAAGUAUUUGAUGCAGAUCCUUUCUCACCAACUGAUGAAGCCAGAUAUCUUUGACUUCGUGGAAAAGCAUAACUUACGUGAUUCUAUUCAUGAAAAGGGACUGGAGCCACUUCCGAGGAAGCUGGGCUAGAUUAUGACUAUAAGGAUGAGGACGAGGACGA